UUUGAAGUGAGAGUCGGUCAGAUUUGGAAGCCGGCGAGUGAGAUAGUCGGAGCCGGCGGGUUUCUGUGUUGUCUGAAAGUGUCUGAGUGAGGAACGAGUUUUGGCGUGAGGAAAACUGACGGUGCCAUCUCUACUGCGACAGGUUUUUUUGAAGGAUGAGUCAUUCGACUGGCUCCCCGAGCCAGAAAAUCAACUAUGACAUGGAAGCCGGAGGUAACCACUCCGGCGACGACGAGGACAACAACAACAAUGUUUUUGAAAUCACCAGAACUAAGCACGCUUCUGUUGAGCGGCUCCGGCGCUGGAGGCAAGCGGCACUUGUGCUAAAUGCUUCUCGUCGGUUCCGGUACACCUUAGACCUGAAAAAGGAGGAAGAAAAAAAGCAGACGUUAAGGAAGAUUAGAGCACAUGCCCAAGCCAUACGAGCUGCAUUUCUUUUUAAGGAAUCUGUAGCAGUGGAAAAUGGAACUGUGCCACCAAAACCAAGUUCUGCUGGUGAAUUUCCAAUUGGACAAGAAGAAUUAGCUUCAAUAUCUAGAGAUCAUAAGUUUACUACUCUGCAGCAAUAUGGCGGGGUUGAAGGCAUCGGAGAUUUACUCAAAACAAGUUUAGAAAAGGGAAUUCCUGGAAGUGAUGAAGAUUUACUAAAACGAAAAAAUGCAUAUGGAUCCAACACAUAUCCCAAGAAAAAACCAAGGAGUUUUUUUAAAUUUCUCUGGGAAGCUUGCCAAGAUCUUACUCUUAUCAUUUUGAUGGUUGCUGCUGUGGCUUCUUUAGCUCUGGGUAUAAAAACAGAGGGUAUUAAGGAGGGAUGGUAUGAUGGUGGCAGCAUUGCUUUCGCAGUUCUCCUAGUUAUUGUCGUGACAGCAAUUAGCGACUACAAACAAUCUCUGCAGUUCCAGAAUCUUAAUGAGGAAAAGAGAAAUAUACAAAUUGAGGUUAUCAGAGCUGGUAGGCGCGUUGAUGUUUCAAUAUAUGAUAUUGUUGUUGGUGAUGUUAUCCCCCUCAACAUUGGUGAUCAGGUUCCUGCUGAUGGGGUUUUAAUCACUGGUCAUUCACUUUCAAUUGAUGAGUCUAGCAUGACUGGCGAGUCCAAGAUUGUUCGCAAGGACUCCAAGGAGCCAUUUCUAAUGUCGGGCUGCAAAGUAGCAGAUGGAAAUGGUAUUAUGCUGGUAACCAGUGUUGGUAUUAAUACUGAAUGGGGAUUACUAAUGGCCAGCAUCUCGGAAGACACAGGUGAAGAAACACCCUUGCAGGUGCGCUUGAACGGGGUUGCUACCUUCAUUGGUAUUGUGGGACUCACAGUAGCCUUUCUCGUCUUGAUUGUCCUUUUGGUCAGAUACUUUACUGGCCAUACACUAAAUGCAGAUGGAACUCCUCAAUUUGUUUCCGGGAAGACAAAGUUCGGGAAAGCCAUAGAUGGAGCCAUCAAAAUUGUCACUAUUGCAGUCACCAUUGUAGUGGUUGCUGUUCCCGAAGGCCUCCCCUUAGCUGUGACCUUAACACUUGCCUACUCAAUGAGAAAAAUGAUGGCAGAUAAGGCCUUGGUGCGUCGGCUUUCUGCUUGUGAAACAAUGGGCUCCGCCACUACUAUAUGCAGUGAUAAGACUGGUACCUUGACUUUGAACCAGAUGACUGUGGUUGAGUCAUGUGCUUGUUUGAAGAAAGUCAGUAACAAUGAUAGCAAACCCGACUUGUCGCCAAAUAUGGCGUCUUUGAUUAUUGAAGGGGUUGCUCAGAAUACAACGGGCAAUGUCUAUGUGCCUGAGACUGGUGGUGAUGUAGAGGUUACUGGAUCACCAACGGAGAAGGCAAUUCUGCAAUGGGCACUCAAGCUUGGGAUGAAUUUUGAAGCCACCAGGUCUCAGUCUUUGAUUCUUCAUGUGUUCCCAUUCAACUCCGAGAAGAAACGAGGCGGUGUGGCAGUUAAACUGCCAAAAUCUGAAGUUCAUAUACACUGGAAAGGGGCUGCCGAAAUAAUCUUGGCCUCAUGCACAAGAUACUUUGACAGCAAUGAUCAGGUGGCAGCAAUGGAUGAUGACAAGCGUAUGUUUUUCAGGAAUUCUAUUGAGGAUAUGGCCGGUCGUAGUUUGCGCUGUGUUGCUAUAGCAUAUUUACCAUAUGAAUUGGAAAAUGUUCCAACUGGUGAACAACAAUUGGCUGAUUGGGCAUUGCCUGCAGAUGACCUUGUCUUACUUGCUAUUGUCGGUAUUAAGGAUCCAUGUCGUCCAGGAGUUGGGGACUCGGUGAGACUAUGCCAAAAGGCUGGCGUUAAGGUACGGAUGGUUACAGGAGACAACGUGCAGACCGCCAAGGCAAUAGCACUAGAGUGUGGCAUACUGACUCCUGAAUCGGAGCUCUGUGAGCCAACACUAAUUGAAGGGAAAGCCUUCCGUGAGCUUUCUGAGAGGCAGAGAGAAGAUGUUGCUCCAAAAAUCUCAGUAAUGGGACGAUCCUCUCCCAACGAUAAGCUUCUGCUUGUGCAAGCAUUAAGGAGAAGAGGCCAUGUUGUUGCUGUUACUGGAGAUGGCACUAAUGAUGCUCCUGCACUGCAUGAGGCGGAUAUUGGGUUAGCUAUGGGUAUUGCAGGUACAGAAGUUGCCAAAGAGAGUUCUGAUAUUAUUAUCUUGGAUGACAACUUUGCUUCAGUUGUGAAGGUUGUUAGAUGGGGACGAUCUGUGUAUGCUAAUAUUCAGAAAUUCAUCCAAUUCCAACUUACUGUCAAUGUUGCCGCACUUGUUAUCAAUGUUGUGGCAGCAAUUUCCUCUGGUGAAGUACCACUAAAUGCUGUUCAGCUUCUGUGGGUAAAUCUUAUAAUGGAUACUCUUGGAGCACUAGCUCUGGCUACUGAGCCUCCUACGAAUCAUCUGAUGGACAGACCUCCUGUUGGUCGAAGGGAACCACUGAUUACUAACAUAAUGUGGAGGAACUUAUUGAUUCAGGCUAUCUACCAAAUAAUUGUUCUUCUUAUCCUUAAUUUCGGAGGGAAAAGUAUUCUCCAUCUUGAACAUGAUACUACUGAGCAUGCGGACAAAGUGAAGAACACACUGAUAUUCAAUACAUUUGUCCUUUGUCAAAUUUUCAACGAGUUCAAUGCACGAAAGCCAGAUGAAUUCAACAUAUUCAAGGGAAUUACCAAAAAUUACCUCUUUAUGGGGAUUAUUGUGAUGACAGUUGUACUUCAGAUUCUCAUUGUCGAGUUCCUGGGGAAGUUCACUACAACAGUCCGGUUAAACUGGAAGCAUUGGUUGAUUUCUGUUAUUAUCGCUUUUAUCAGUUGGCCUCUUGCUGUUGUUGGAAAGUUUAUUCCCGUACCUGAAACGCCUUUCCACAAGUAUGUCACCAGGAGUGCUGUCUUUAAGUCAUUCAUCAAACUAUUCCGUAGGCGAAGGGAGAGAACAGAGGUUACUGAGGUUAGUCAGUAGGAAGGUGUGUAGUUUAAAACAAUAUGGUUGUGGAUUUGCUUCCUCUUUUGUUUUUUCGGCUAACAAGGCAAAGCAUACGUUUCACGGAAUUCCAAAUCUUUUUUUUUUGAUUAGGUGAUUAUAUUUGGGAUUUUUUACUGCCGUUGUCAGACCCCCCAUUCUAACAGAACAAAAACAUUAGUUAGAUUGGUUACUUGUGCAGUUGUGUUUAUGGUUUUAUCACUGAUAUUGUUAAUGGUUUGUUAAUAUUAAACAUAUCGAUUA